AAACAAUUUAGCAAUUAUAUCAAUCAUACGGACAAACAAAUAUUAGACCAUUUACUGAAUUCAAGCAGAUAUGAUCACCGUAUGAGACCCGCCCUGAAGACAAUAGUAAAUGUAAGUGUUUUACUAUUGACACUGUCUUCACCGGACGAGUCGAGUGUGACCUACGAGAUAGGCUUUUUGAUGCUCCAGAUGUGGGACGACCCGAGAAUAGAGUUCCGGGACGGAGGGAGACAUAAAUACUUAAAUGCAUUAAUGCACGCCGAUAUGCUCUGGAUGCCGGACACAUAUUUCAUAAAACAUGGUGAAUUCAAGUACCCGCUCGACCGCUUUGAUCCAGUUCACAUCGCUUUGAAGAUAUUUCCAAAUGGAUCAGUCAUAUACGUAACAAGGCGGAAUAUGAUCCUCACAUGUGAAGGGAAUCUCAAGAUAUUUCCCUUCGAUAGUCCUAAAUGUUUUUUCGCCAUUGAAAGCAUCUCCCACGAAAAAGACCAGUUAGAGUUGCGUUGGGACGUGAGAGUAGCCAUCAAAGCGUCGGCCUCUAUAAAGACAAUGAACGCAUAUAUGAUGAGGAAUGAGACGAAUAAAUGCAACCGAAAGCACACCUGGAGGAGAGAAUACAGUUGUUUAAGUGUUUUACUGGUGUUCUCGAGAGACAAAGCGUUUUACUUCAGUACAGUGUUUGUUCCGGGAAUGGUUUUGGUGACGAGUUCUUUCAUCAGCUUCUGGUUGGAUGUGAACGCAGUGCCGGCCCGAGUCAUGAUUGCGGUCACAACAAUGUUGAACUUUUGCACCACAACUAAUAGCUUUCGCUCUAAACUGCCGGUCGUGUCAGACCUGACGGCAAUGAACUUAUGGGACUUUGUCUGCAUGUUCUUCAUCUACGCGUCGAUGAUUGAGUUCAUUAUCGUUAACUAUUUGCACCGAAAGCUCCCGCACUCUAGUCGACCCAAUUCGGGUGACUACCAGAGUAUGGGCGGACAGAGUGACUAUUAUCACAAUUUUCGCCAUCAGCCAAACAGUAGAAAACAAGCGGAUUCAGUGCUCUUACAACCGGAUCACAUGCCUAUAUCACCGAAUAAAGAUGAAUUUGAAUUAAAAGCGCCGUUGGUUGAGGGCGAAGACCCAUCAGUGGUCACUCAGAUCAACCAUAAGCUAAAUCGGAACAAAUCGAUGAGUGAUAUCCAUCAAAGACAUUCGCCAUUCCGACCGCAACCUUCAGCCACGGCUUCGCUUCACGACAACGACGACAGACUACGAGCGUCUGUGUUUGCAUGGCUUCGAAGACCACAACUAUUCCGGGCAACAGAAAUGACGUCAAGAGCCCGAUUGGCCCGUUCUAUAGACCACAUCUCAAAAACUGCAUUUACACUAUUGUUUACUUUGUUCUCAUUCUUCUACUUCUUGACGUAUGCGGUCAUAAAACCGGCCCAAUUGGACGACUGGAUCGAGAAUGAGUUCGAGGCUCAAAAUGAUGAACUCGAGUUCAACUCACAGUCGCCUUUAGACAUACACUGAAUUCAUUGCCUUUCAAACCAUAGCCUCAAUUCAAUCUCCACUUCAAUAUAUCUCUAAAUGAAAAGAAUAUUCUUUUAUUGCAAUCAAAUCAGUGUCUUCUGCAACACAUCGCAAUCCUUUAGAACAUUUACACUAUAGUAGACCUC